UCUCCGGGUCUCUGGACCUGCCCCUGCUCACUCCCUCCAGCCCGCCAUCCCGGCCAGGCACCUGUUCCCGGUCUCGCAGCUGCUGGCGCAGAGCGCGGGUCCCGACAGCGCGGACAACAGGAGCAGGAGGAGCAGGUCCCAGGAGUCCAGCUUCGCAGCGCACCUGGUGGUGAGCAUCGCCCCCAAGGAGAAGGCAAAGACAGGCCCAGGAAUCAUGGCGUCCAAAGAGCAACAGGUCUUAAAAGAUCUCGCUGUGCAGAACGAUGAAAAAGACCACGCAGGAAGGAAGGCCUCCAAGCAACGUGAAGAAGAAUUGCAGCUCUUGGAAGAGGUUAAAAACAAGAAGCCCGGGGGAAAUGCCAGAAUGGGACUAGUCAGGCGACUUGUGCCUAAUUUUCGAUGGGCCAUACCAAAUAGACGUGUUGAGCACAAGGAAGGGGGAGAGGAUGCUGGGAAGUUUGUAGGGCAGGUGAUGGAAAUCAAGAGAAAGACUAGGGAGCAACAGAUGAGGCCUUAUGGGCGUUUCCAAACACCGGAACCUGACAAUCACUAUGACUUUUGCCUCAUACCUUAA